AGUAGUUCUUUCGUGCAAUGUAUUUUCAUGAUCAACUAGUUGUGAAGCAUUCACAAGAGUCUGUCAUAUUUACUAUUAACAGGUAACUGUUUUUUUGCGCUCGAGCUUCAAUGUCUAUUCAAGCGUAAGACUCAACCAUUGAGUAUUCAGACUCUGAUCAGCGAUAUACGCAACAAUAAUAAGUAUGGAUAAUGAGUACAAAGCUUGUAGCAUAUCUGGAGAUGACUUUACAUCGCAAACGCAUUUCAGUAUCAAGAAAACCUUGUUUAAAUACUUUGGUCUACUAAAUAUUUGCCUCUUGAGCUUUGGGCUGUACUUCUGUUAUGACAACCCUGGAACAUUACAAGAUAAAUUUGAAACUGAUUUGAAAGUACCGACUACCAAAUUCGUUUUAUUGUACUCUAUUUAUUCAUGGCCAAAUGUUGUCUUAUGCUUCUUUGGAGGAGUUCUUCUAGAUAGCGUAUUUGGAAUAAAAUGGGGAACUAUUGUGUACAUGUUUUUGGCUUUAUUAGGACAACUACUUUUUGCCACGGGGGCUUUUGUAAAUAUUUUUUGGAUAAUGGUCUUUGGCAGAUUUAUUUUUGGGAUUGGAUCAGAAGCAGUUUACAUAGCUCAAAAUAAUUACACUGUCCUGUGGUUCAAAGAUAAAGGAUUGAACGCACUUUUCGGCUUACAAUCUAGUAUUGGUUUAGCUGGCUCAAUAGCCAAUUCUCUAUCAAUGGGUACUGUUUAUAAAUUCGUAGAGAACAAUUCAAAUUAUUCGACUCCUCAAUGUAUUGGAACAGUUUUAUUUAUUGCUUCUCUGACCUGCGUUCUUUCAAUGAUUUGCGCUCUUGUACUGGGAUGCAUGCACAGCCGCACAGAAACAGUUUUAAAACAAGAAAAGGCUGAGAAAGCCGAAACUUUCAAGCUCUCCGAUAUAAAAGAGUUUCCAACAGUUUAUUGGUUGGUCAUUUUGCUUUGUACAGCUUACACUGUAGCUUUAUCUCCAUUCAUUUCAUUGGCACAAGUGUAUUUUAUGACAAAGUACAAUAUGGGAUCUGAUGCCGCAAAUAAGUUGAAUUCUUUAGUUUACACUAUUUCAGCUAUUAUUUCUCCUUUAUUUGGCAUCAUGAUUGACAAAUUUGGAAGAAAUAUACUGUGGGUCACAGUUGGCAUCAUAGGCUCAAUAUUUGCUCACGGACUUCUGACUUUUAUCGAAGUCAGUCCAUAUUUCUCUGUUUCCGCAUUAGGAUUUUUUUCUUCACUUUUCGGAACAAGUAUCUGGCCAAUGAUUGCCGAUGUGAUGCCAGAACAUCAACUAGGAACGGCUUAUGGAAUCAAUCAAGCAAUCCUAAAUUUUAGCAUAGCAGUAGCAUCGAUAGUUUGUGGACUCAUAGUUGAAAAUUAUGGUUAUUUUGUACUUGAUGUGUUUUUUCUACUCUGGCUUUUCUUGUCACUAGUUCCUGCAGUGAUUAUAUGGAAAGCCAAAUCAAAACAGUCUCAUCACCAAGUGCGUUAUGGCGUUGAAGAGUCCAGGACUAAUUUAAAUGGAGUAAAGGAAGCUUUAGUUCAUUCUACAGCAGGAAUCGCAAAUAAACAGUUGGUAUUAGCCGAACAAGAAUUAAUACAGAGAGACAAUAAUUUUUUGAACAGGUAACGAGUUUAAAAGUUUAAUUGCAAAGCCGUUAUAUUUUAUUUUGUAAGGAUCUCAUACAAAUGGCGAUAGUUUUUGAUAUUAUUAAGUUAAAAUAAGUUAAUAUACAUCGAAGUUUUUUUUCAUUUUUCUAUGAAAAUUAAAUUUGCCGAGCACUAUAUUAUGAAGAUAUCGAUAUUAAUUUUUCAACAAUUUAAUUAUAAUAGUUUUAAUUCAGAAAUCGCAGCACCGAAUUUUGCUUAAUAUUUAUAUGUAUACAGUCGAAAAUUUAAAUAAGUUAAUUUUACUUUGUCUAGUGGAAAUUCAGCGUGAGUUUGUGAGUGAAGUGAUCAGAAUUAUGUUAAAUCUUGAGCGUUCCAACUAUGUAAGGAUAUUAUGAAAGUAUAAGUCUAAUUGUAUAAUAAUAAAUCUCAUUUUAUACUCAAGAAAAAUAAAUGUUUUUUCUAAUAUUUUU